CAGACUUCCCCAUGGGCGAUCAGCUGGGCUGCGAUGACUCCUACAGAAUGAACUUGGCCAAAGGAGUCUCCAUGUCCCUGCCAUCCUCCCCUCUGUUGCCACGCCAGUCCUAUUUGAUGCAGUCAAGAGCAAACAAAAAGUCUCCAGGUCCAGUCAGGAAGCCCAAGUACGUGGAAAGUCCUAGAGUGCCAGGUGAGGCAGCUCUGCCACUGAGAAAAGGAUCAGAGCAAGGAGAACCCUCUCAGAAUGCAAAGCCUGAUAAAGACUCGAGCUGUUCUCCUGCAGCACAAGAACUGAUGACAAGGUUGGGCUUUUUACUGGGAGAAGGGAUCCCAACGUCUGCUCAUAUAGAAGAGAAAAAUGAAGUCAUGUGUACAGUAGCCAGCCAAGGAGUCAGCCCCUGCUCCACCCUCACGAGCAGCACCACAUCACCCAGCACCGACAGCCCCUGCUCGACGCUCAACAGCUGUGUGGGCAAAGCAGCAGCUAACAAAGGUAGCCCCUGUGGAACCAUCAGCAGCCCUAGCUCCACCCUGGAGAGCAAGGACAGUGGAAUUAUAGCAACGAUCACGAGUUCAUCAGAAAACGAUGACCGUAGCGGAUCCAGUUUGGAAUGGAGCAAGGACGGGAGUCUCCGAGCUGGAAAACACCAAGGUAUCGGUCACGAGCGAAGAACAGACAACUGCUCACCAGUGGCAGAGGAGGAGGCUGUUGGAUCUGCUGAGAAUCUGCCACAAGAAGUAGCAGCAGGAGAGGGUCCUGCUAAUUAUGCACAAAGUUCUGGCUCCUUAAUAAUGCCUCGUCCAAACUCUGUUGCAGCCACAAGUUCAACCAAACUGGAAGAUCUGAGUUAUUUGGAUGGACAACGAAAUGCUCCUCUACGCACCUCCAUUCGCCUGCCGUGGCACAACACUGCUGGUGGCAGAGUGCCUCAGGAGAGCAAAGCUCGUUUCAUCCCCUAUAAGCCUCAAGACAUUUUGCUGAAGCCGCUGCUGUUUGAAGUGCCAAGCAUCACAACAGACUCGGUGUUCGUUGGAAGAGAAUGGCUGUUUCAGGAGAUUGAGGACAGGCUGGGGGACAGCAACCCAGCAGAGAACAGGGGAGCAGUCAUCACUGGCAACGUGGGAUUUGGGAAGACUGCCAUCAUUUCACGGCUGGUGGCACUUAGCUGCCAUGGGAGUCGCAUGAGGCAAAUAGCUUCCAACAGCCCUCAUUCAUCUCCCAAAAGUGGUGACUCCUGCCAGGAGAUUCCCUUAAGUCACUUGCCCUCAUCUGCUCCUCCAGCAAGUGGUACCAGUACAAUGAAGUCUCUGAGUUGUGCUGGGGCUCCUGAAUACCAAAAUCAGAUUCUGGGGGAUUCUGUCCGACGCCUUGCCUCAAAGGUGGUUGCCUACCACUACUGCCAGGCUGACAACACCUACACCUGCCUGGUGCCGGAGUUCGUGCACAGCGUGGCAGCUCUGCUCUGCCGCUCCAGCCAGCUGGCAGCCUACAGAGACCUCCUGAUCAGAGAGCCUCACCUGCAGAGCAUGCUCAGCCUCAGGUCCUGUGUGCAGGACCCAGAGGCAGCUUUCAGAAGGGGGGUGCUGGAACCACUUGUGAACCUCAGGAAAGAGCAGAAAAUUCCUGAGGAAGAUUACAUCAUUUUGAUAGAUGGUUUGAAUGAUGCUGAAUUCCAUAAACCUGAUUAUGGUGACACACUCUCUUCAUUUCUGACAAAUAUCAUCUGUAAGUUUCCUCCCUGGCUGAAACUCAUUGUGACUGUAAGAACAAACUUCCAGGAAAUAGUAAAUUCACUGCCCUUUAUCACAAUAUCCUUGGACAAUUUUCCAGAUAACAAAGAAAUUCAUGAAGACUUGAAUGCUUAUAUUCAGCACAGAAUUAAUAACAGCCAAGAGAUCAUAAACAACAUAUCUUUAAAUGGAAAAGCUGAUGCAUCUAUUAUUGGGAAAGUGAGUAACCACCUGAUCAUGAGAAGCCUGGGCUCCUACCUCUAUCUGAAACUCACUCUGGAUCUUUUCCAAAAAGGUCACUUAGUAAUCAAAAGUGCAAGCUACAAGGUUGUUCCAGUGUCUCUGUCAGAACUGUACUUGCUGCAGUGCAAUAUGAAGUUCAUGACAAACUCUGCCUUCGAGCGAGCCCUGCCCAUAUUGAACGUGGCGCUGGCGUCCCUGCAUCCCAUGACAGAUGAGCAGAUCUUCCAAGCUAUCAAUGCAGGCCAGAUCAGUGGUGAACAGAAGUGGGAAGACUUCAGCCAAAGGAUGGAGGCCCUCUCCUGUUUUCUGAUCAAAAGACGUGACAAAACACGGAUGUUCUGCCACCCUUCCUUCAGGGAAUGGCUUGUUUGGAGAGCAGAGGGCGAGAAUACUGACUUCUUGUGUGAGCCAAGGAACGGGCACUCUCUGCUGGCUUUCAUGUUCUCUCGACAAGAGGGAAAGUUAAACCGCCAGCAAACGAUGGAACUUGGUCACCAUAUACUCAAAGCUCACAUUUUUAAGGGUCUCAGUAAAAGGACUGGGAUUUCUUCCAGUCAUCUUCAAGCCCUGUGGAUUGGUUACAGUACUGAUGGACUCUCUGCAGCCCUCGCCUCUCUGAGGAACAUCUACACACCCAAUGUGAAGGUGAGUCGGCUGCUGAUCUUGGCAGGAGCAAAUGUGAAUUACAGGACUGAAGUACUGAAUAAUGCUCCAGUGCUAUGUGUUCAGUCACACCUUGGACAUGAAGAAGUGGUCACUCUCUUGCUGGAAUUUGGAGCUGCUAUUGAUGGAACUUCAGAAAAUGGGAUGACAGCACUUAGCUACGCAGCCGCUGCGGGCCACAUGAACAUAGUUUCACUGCUGUGCAAAAGAGGUGCAAAGGCUGACUAUGUAGACAAGAAAGGCCAGUGUGCAUUGGUCCAUAGUGCUUUGAGAGGACAUUGUGACAUCCUGGAGUACUUACUCAAUGUUGCUUGGACAGCUACUUCUUCCCAAGAACAAAGUUCACUGAGAAAAAGCCAGGCACUGCAGCAAGCUCUGACAGCAGCUUCCAGCAUGGGACACUGCCAGGUGGUUUGCUACAUCUUGGCAAUCAAGAAGGACCUUGACAUAGACAUCAAUGAGACUGAUGCCUUGUGGGGAGAAACAGCCCUGACAGCUGCUGCAGGAAGGGGAAAGCUGGAGGUCUGCGAGUUCCUUCUGCAGCACGGAGCAGCUGUGACGAGAGCCAACAGGAGGGGGGUGCCUCCCCUCCUCUGUGCAGUACGGCAGGGCCACUGGCAGAUUGCUAAGCUUCUAGUGGAGCAUGGGUCUGAUGUGAACUUAAGUGACAAGCAAGGCCGAACUCCACUUAUGGUGGCUUCUUGUGAAGGACAUUUAAGCACUGUGGAAUUCUUGCUGUCUCAAGGCGCAGCUAUUUCAUCUUUGGACAAAGAAGGACUAACAGCUUUGAGCUGGGCCUGUCUGAAAGGGCACAGGGAGGUGGUUCAGUAUCUAGUUGAGAAAGGUGCAACAACUGAUCAGACAGACAAGAACGGACGGACCCCCUUGGACCUGGCAGCUUUUUAUGGAGAUGCUGAUAUUGUGCAGUACUUGGUGGAGAAAGGAGCACUGAUCGAGCACGUGGACCACAGUGGCAUGCGGCCCCUGGACAGAGCUAUCGGCUGUCGCAACACGGCGGUGGUGGUGAUGCUCCUGAGAAAGGGAGCCAAGCUAGGAAAUGCAGCGUGGGCUAUGGCCACCUCAAAACCUGAUAUUCUCCUUAUUCUGCUACAGAAACUGAUGGAAGAAGGAAAUAUACUGUACAAAAAAGGAAAGAUGAAAGAAGCAGCCCAGCGCUAUCAGUAUGCCUUGAGGAAGUUUCCAAGAGAAGGAUUUGGAGAAGAAAUGAAAGCAUUCAACGAGCUGAGAGUGUCCUUGUACCUGAAUUUAUCCCGAUGCCGCCGAAAAACAAACGACUUUGGUCUGGCUGAAGAGUUUGCUACAAAAGCUCUGGACCUGAAACCCAAGUCAUACGAAGCCUAUUACGCUCGAGCCCGAGCCAAGAGGAACAGCAGAAAGCUGCUUGCUGCUCUUGCUGACUUACGUGAAGCCACACAGCUGUGUCCCAGCAAUCAAGAGAUAAAACGUCUGCUGGCUCGAGUGGAAGAGGAAUGCAAACAGCUCCAGAGAACACAGCAACAGAAGCAGCAGUCUCCACAGCAGCUACAGCAGAUUAACAGCUCUGAUAAUGAGGAGGAGGGCCUCACCCAAGGUGUGAAGGAUAAUUUUAAUCUUCAGGACAGGGAGGAUGAGCUGCCACACCCUGAAGAAUCUGUCUACCCUCCACAAAGGCUGCAGCAGUCCACAGGUGCCUCCUACAGCAGGACCCUUCAAGAAGCCGUUCAGCAGAAGGCACAGUCUGCAUCCCCUCAGAGGAGAACAGGCAGCAAAUACCUGAGAGAACCAGGCUUGGUCAUGCAACCAACGAAGCAGGCGCAGAUCGUAAAAACUAAUCAGCACCUGAGCUCCAUCCAGCCUGGGUCCAAAACAGGAAGCAGCCAGGGCAGCACAAAGACACAGUCAUCCUGUCAGCAUCUUCCCCAGGGUCCCGUGCCAGUCCAACAGGCCAAGGUUCAGCAUUUGGAUGGGAUACACAGUGUUCCCACAGGCCCUGGUUCUGAGCUGCACAGUGAGAAGGUGCCACUGACCCACUGCUCCCAUUCACAGCGUGCCGAGGGGCUCUCUGCUCAUCCCUUCACAAGCAAGUCUAAAGCUGCUGACCGGCCAACAGCCCCCAGCUCUGCAGGCCUCAGCGAGGCUAGGCAGCAAAGUCCUGCAGCCAGUGUUGCCUCCUCUAGUUCCCCAGCCAGCAGCACAAUUCUUGCUGCCUCAAGCAGCAGCUUAUCUUCAGCCAGCAGUUUUUCAGAGAGUAUUAAGGGGCUGGGCCCAGAUGUUCGACUCAAGGAGAGCUACGUUAGCCAGGGUCAGGGUGCUGCUGCUGAGCACAGACCUCGCAGUACCCCCUUCAUGGGCAUCAUGGACAAGACUGCAAGGUUCCAGCAGCAGAAUGCUCAGGCCAGUCGCACCUGGCACCCUCAGGCUUUGGAUGGACUAUCAACAAACACUGCUUCCGGGGGUGUUCAGUCUUCCACCUUUGAGCACUUCUCAGUCAGACACUACCAAACUAAAAUCUACUCUGCUGGUGCUGCCCCAGGAGACAGCAGCCAGAACGGUGUGCAAGCUAAGGAAUGUGAGGAGCUGAAGUGCCAAAUACCCACCCACUGCCAAGAUGGCAGAGCCCCGAGCCAGGCCCCUCAGCAGCCUCACCUCACCAAGGAGGCCCAUCUGAGCCAGGUGACAGCCACAAAACCAAAGCGAUCAUUCAUUGAGUCAAAUGUAUAGCUGUUGGCAGGGCUGCAGAGCUUAUCUCAGAGCUUCACAGAGCUUUUACUGCUAGAAGGAAUGCUGACUUGGCUGGUCCUGUGUGCAGUGGAGCAGGCCAUCCCUGUAGGCCAGUGCUUAAUGGGAUACAACCACUUCCAACUGUUCCUACCACCACAGGACAGUUACAGUAACUGGAAGAGCAAAUCUGUCUAGAAAGAUGCAUUUGGGAUCAUCAGGCCACCGAACCAGGACCUUAAGCAGAGAAAUCCUUUCCAUCAAGACUUUCCUUUUAUGCAGGGCUUUAAGUCUUGGCUUUGGCUACCUUACAGCUCACCACUGACCCAACAGCCAUGCCUCUGCAAUGCCUGAGUGCUUCCAUCCCAAGGCAGCAGUCAGGACGGUACCUGCUGCGCAGGGCUGGGAGCUGUGUGGGGUUUGUAAAGCAGAGAGAAUAUUUUAAUCAGUUUCUAGUGGGAUCUGACUGGGGUUGCAUGAUGUACAUUUAGGAGGCAUCAAGUGUUUGUGUAUGAGCAAAGAAACAUAAGCAGCCAUGUAAAUAGAACUAUUUUUAGUAACUAGGAGAUACCAAGUUAAAUAAACAGUGAUGUUUGCAUGUGGAUGGAAAGGCUGUGGCCAUAUUGGUCACUGCCCUGAAGAACACAACUUUAAGGCAUAUUAACAAUAAUCGCACUUUAUCUAGGUUACCUAAUCACCUUUGGGUGCUAUCUUCAAAUGAUUUGUUGUUUGUCCCUGACAAAGGUACAGAACUGGUUGGCAAGUGUGUUUGUGGGAAACACGAGUGAGCGGAGUGAGGGCGAAAGCUUGGUGAGAAGUGUCUGUGCAGGAUGAAGUUGUGAAGCUUUGGGGAGGAAACAAGGUUUUGCGGGGGUGAGACUGCUCUGGAAAUCAUCAGCUGCAGGGAGAGAUUCUGCAAGCGCUGAGGUUGGUCAGCUCCACCUCUCUGUGUUCUAUGGACACAGAAAGCAGCUGUGCCCACCUUGACAAACCCUUUUCCUGAGUUUGCAUCAUUAUGCUUCAGCUUAUUUAUUGUUUACUGUUUCUUUGAUAUUUUGUAUGUGUCCUAUAUUAGUCUUGUCCUGUAGUUCUAUUUUUGCAC